UGGGGGUACUGGAAUUAUUGCAACCACGAUUGCCCGGCCGAGACCGGAGCUGAACAGUCAUCGUCAGAAUGUCGGGCAAAGACCGAAUUGAGAUCUUUCCCUCGCGAAUGGCACAGACCAUCAUGAAGGCUCGAUUAAAAGGAGCACAGACAGGUCGAAACCUCCUGAAGAAAAAAUCUGAUGCCUUGACUCUUCGAUUUCGACAGAUCCUAAAGAAGAUAAUAGAGACUAAAAUGUUGAUGGGCGAAGUGAUGAGAGAAGCUGCCUUUUCACUUGCUGAGGCCAAGUUCACAGCUGGGGACUUCAGCACCACAGUUAUCCAAAAUGUGAAUAAAGCCCAAGUGAAGAUUCGUGCAAAGAAAGAUAAUGUAGCAGGAGUUACGUUGCCAGUGUUUGAACAUUACCAUGAAGGAACUGACAGUUAUGAACUGACUGGUUUAGCCAGAGGUGGGGAACAGCUGGCUAAGUUAAAAAGAAAUUAUGCCAAAGCAGUGGAACUACUGGUGGAACUGGCUUCGCUGCAGACUUCCUUUGUUACUUUGGAUGAAGCUAUUAAGAUAACCAACAGGCGUGUAAAUGCCAUUGAACAUGUCAUCAUUCCUCGGAUUGAACGUACCCUUGCUUAUAUCAUCACAGAGCUGGAUGAGAGAGAGCGAGAAGAGUUCUAUAGGUUAAAGAAAAUACAGGAGAAGAAAAAGAUUCUCAAGGAAAAAUCUGAGAAGGACUUGGAACAGCGGAGAGCAGCUGGGGAGGUGAUGGAGCCAGCUAAUCUUCUGGCUGAAGAGAAGGAUGAGGAUCUUCUUUUUGAAUAGUCCUUCCUGCUCGGGUCCUUUCAGAAGCCCUAAUACUGGCUCCAUUUUAAUUCACGGUGUAUAAGUGUGGUA